AUGAAAUUUGUUAUUCGAAUUUCAAAAUGUCCUAUUUUGAUGGAAUUUGAUGCUCGCAUAAUACCUCGUGCACCGCAAGAAGAAUGGUCACAUCGAAUUAAAUUAGUUUCAGUAACUGGUGUUGAUUUUGCUGGACGAGUACAUGAUAUAAAGGAUAUUGUUACUUACGUCACAAACUGGAAGGAUGUUUAUGAAAUCAAUCCGAAGUCGGGUGCACUACUAGUUUAUAAUAAAAGAGAUUUUCGUCGGAAACCUAAUGGUUCACGAGGAAAACUAGACAAAGAUCUCCUUCAAAAAGAUUUAAUGCAUAUGGCAAGACUUCGACUACAAGCUUGUGAUAAUGAAGAAGUACAAGUUGUAGUCGAAACAGGUAUUGGACUUGGUGUAUUUGCUGGUACAGCUAUUGGAAUUGAUGAAACAGUGCGAGCACUUUCUGCAUUCGCUAUUCGAAAAGUACUUGAAGAAGAUGGGCCAACUUAUCGAAACAUACAAGCCGUUGUAUUUGCUCUACCUAUUUUUGGUGGAAGCUAUCGAAAUGAUAAAAGACGAGAUACGUAUCAAGCGUUUGUUGAUGAAUUUAAUGGAAGCAAUUACCAAGGCUGUAUUCCUGUAUUAGUUGCUGAUCAAGACAUGCAUCGAUUAACUGUAGCCAUUGCUCGUAUGGGUUUUAAUGUUUCUGAGUUGAAUCCUGCUGAUUCACAUGGUGUAUUUGGUGAAUAUUGGCAAAAUCGAGGACCAGGCGUGGAAGAAAAACUAGCUUUAACUACAGUGGGUCUACUUGUUCAACAUCAUCUUAUUAAUCCACAUGUACUUGAUCCAAAGCAUUACGAUUUUAUUCAACUAAAGCCAUAG